AAACACAGGGCUCACGAAGCGCCGCAACUGUUCGUUGUAGCGCUGCGGACGAGCCUGUGCGCGGGGAGAUCGGGGUUGUGGGAGUCGCGGGAAAAAAAAAAAAAAAAAAAAAAAAACGCUGGAAACCCGCACCGACAGCGCGGUUCUGUCCCUAAACUUAGCGGGUCUUCAUAGCAGCCGGACUUAACGACAGGACAGGGCGAAGGCGGCGGGUUCGGCUUCAGUUCGCGCGUGGACCGGCCGCGACGCGCGGUGUUUCUGGGGCCCCGGAUCCCGAGAAUGAGACAGAAUGAGCCAAAGAGACACGCUCGUUCAUCUUUUCGCCGGAGGGUGCGGGGGCACGGUGGGUGCCAUCCUGACGUGCCCGCUGGAGGUGGUGAAAACGCGGCUGCAGUCCUCGUCCGUCACGCUCUACAUCUCUGAGGUGCAUCUUAACACAGUCAAUGGAGCCAGCGUGGCGCGAGUGUCCCCGGGUCCCCUGCACUGCCUCAAGCUGAUCCUGGAAAAAGAAGGCCCUCGCUCUCUGUUUCGGGGAUUAGGCCCUAACCUUGUGGGUGUGGCUCCGUCCAGGGCGAUAUACUUUGCUGCAUACUCGGGUGCGAAGGAAAGGCUGAACGGGGUGCUUGAACCCGACUCCACGCAGGUCCACAUGGUGUCCGCAGGUCUGGCAGGGUUCACUGCCAUCACCGCGACAAACCCCAUCUGGCUCAUAAAGACUCGACUGCAGCUGGAUGCCAGGAAUCGGGGAGAGCGGCGAAUGAGUGCCUUCGAGUGCAUCAAGCGGGUAUACCGCGCCGAUGGGUUUCGAGGCUUCUAUCGUGGCAUGACGGCCUCCUACGCCGGCAUCUCGGAGACAGUCAUCCAUUUCGUAAUCUACGAGAGCAUCAAGCGAAAGCUGCUGGAAGCCAAGGCUACAGCUAGCAUGGACGAGGAGGACGAGUCCGUGAAGGAUCCCUCCGACUUCGUGGGGCUGAUGCUGGCUGCUGCUACAUCCAAGACCUGUGCCACCUCCAUCGCUUACCCCCAUGAGGUCAUCCGCACGCGGCUACGAGAGGAAGGCACCAAGUACCGUUCUUUCUUCCAGACGCUGACCACGGUGUUCAAGGAGGAGGGCUACCGUGCCCUCUACCGGGGUCUCACCACCCACCUUGUGCGCCAGAUUCCCAACACAGCCAUCAUGAUGUCCACCUACGAGCUGGUCGUCUACUUGCUAAACGGUUAACCCUGGACCCCCCCACCGCCCACCAAGGCUGUCCUGUGGGAGACCAAAGAAAGUGCAGGAGGACCAGAUGGACAGACACCCCUCUCCCUGCAGCCUGAUACACAGAGAGGGAGAGAGAGAGGGAGGGGGUGGGCUUUUCAAAUGAUGAGCAGUGGAUGAGCGUGGCACACAGGGCGUGGGGGGCUCAGGCUGGCACAGGCCAGGAACUACAGACCCUCACAGGCAGAUGCUGCAGAGAGAACCGAAGACGUGUCUCUCCAAAUUGUCUUUGCUUCCAUUCUCUCUCUCUCUCGCUCUCUUUCCCUCGCCCCAUUCUCUGCUUCACCCUCCCCCUCACAGAGAAGCUGCUUUCAGAGGACCCUCUUUUGAGAAGGAAGGCUUGAAGUUUGUGAGUAAUAACAGUAAUAACAAUACUAAUGAUUUAAGAAAACAGUAAAUCAUAUAUAAUAGAGGAUAUGUCUAAACAUACUUAGAAUCCCGCUUAAAUCAAAUAUGGGGCAUUUUUAAUUGGCCUUUUCCCGAAUCUGUGAAAUACUGUUUUGUGAGGGCGAAUUUGGUGUGUGACUUUUUAAAACUGUGGAGGGCGGUGUUGAGCAUUCCUGCUUGUUGGCAAAAGUCGUCACGAAGUGUCUGAAAUAAAGGGGUGGCUGUGGGGUCACGUGUUUUAGGUACCAAAAAAGGUUGAGGCUAAAUGGCAACUGCCAGAGACCCUCUCUAAACAAGUGCAACUGAGAAGUUUGACAGGUGUUCCCAUUUUAACAAGAACAAAUAGUGUGUCACCAUGAAAAUCUUUUUGUGUGUGAUCAUGUCACUCUUCAAAUGCACUUGGACGUUCUCGAAAGUCCUCCAUAAGGGACAAAGUUCAUUCUCCACAAAGCGGUGAAUAUGGGACAUGGGGAUUUGCACCAAGGUUACUUUGUGUUUAGAGAUGAGCUCGUAGUUGGGGUUCUCAUCCCGAACGUUUGGUUUUAGUUCCGUUUAUGCUCCUUUUCUGUGGGAUUGCUCUGUGCUCAUGCUUGCCGUUAAAGUGGAACGGUGGCGGCUUUACAUGUGGCUGCUUGUGCACGAGAGACGAGUUUCCCAUCUCUAGUCUGUCUUCAUUGUCAAGAGGUGGUUUUUUUUUUUUGUGAGCGUGGGGAUUAAUUAAAAAGGACUGUGAUAAGUCUCCCUAGACCCUGUCCUCCCUCCAUCGCUGCUCUCUGAGAAAGAGCCCCACCUCCGACCUUUCUCAUUCCUCCGGUGUGAGAAACCAGAGCAAACCACCGCUUGUCCUCGAGCCCACUGAUCUCUGGGCUCCUGUUGGCGGCCCAUGGCGUUUGAAUCAGGCCGAAGGCCGACGCACGUUUCCUGUUUUCGUUACUUGAAUGUAAACGAGUGCAAGUGUGACACCCAGCAGCAGUGGGCGCUGUCAUCACUGUGGCUGUUUGAAAUUCAAACACAACAGAUAUACAAUUAGAAUAAUCAAUGUAAUAACCCUAAUUUUAUAAUUAUGACUGUAGUAAUAAUAAAAAUGUUUUCCUGAUUACA